CGCCCCUAAACCCCGCCCCUCUGCCCACCCAGCCGUUACGUCACGCAUCGGGAAUGCUGUGAGGAACAGCCGCCGCCGCUGCUGCUGAAAGCCCUCGCGACCCGUCACGAAAUGCGACUGAAGGGAAGAGGAGAGCCGCUGUAAAGGAACCGUGAAAGAAGCCUGCCAUGUCCGGUCCCACCUGGCUUCCACCGAGGACUCUGGACAGCCCCGAGCGAGCCCCCCCACAGAUGUCUCACUCUGCCGCGUCAGCGAUCUACCGAGCCCCCAACAAGAAAGGGACGUCCGACUUCCGGCCAAAAUAUGGCCCCUAUGACCAGAACGGAGGAGGAGGGGGAGGGGGUGGGAUGGCCAACAGGUACAUGGCUACCGGACCCACAGGUGGGCCCAUUCACCACCCGUCCAGCGACCACUAUUACCCCCCUGCUCACGGCCCCAAAGAAGACCGCACCUGGAGCCCUCACCCGGACAGUUACGAGCUGAUGCACCGUGGUCCCGAAAAGCCAGCGAGCUAUCACUCCAAUAUCGACGCGGAUAUCGACUCCCUCACCAGCAUGCUGGCCGACCUGGACAGCCGCCCGCAGGACUCCAGCGCACAGCUGUACGACAACGUGCCUUACAACCAGUACCUCCCGGGGGAUCACUACAGGCCAGCGCACCAGAGCGCGGGGCCUCCUCAGGGUCGGCCAUCUAUGGGCUACUCGCCUCACCCCCAGAGCCAGUACCACCCGGCCCCCCGCCACCCCAGCGAGCACCAGCCCCCUCAGUACUCCGCCUCCCACCAGUCGGACUACUACUCCUCCUCCUCCUCCUCCUCGAACCCCAAGCCCUACCCUCAGCCCGUCCCGGCCUCCUACACCACGGCCUCCACGCCCACCGGGCCCCGGUUCACCGUCCAGGUGAAGACGGCUCAGCCCGUCACCUACUCGCAGACGGGGAGGCAGGCCGAGCAGGCCUACACGCCGCCCCCCCCUCGCCAGCACGUGUCGCGGCCCCAGACGAGUCCGCAGGGCUGGUACCCGCCCCAUCCCGGCUCGCAGGCUCAGGAGAUGCACUCUGAGGCGGUGUACAAGGGAGGCAGCUCGGGGCCGGGAGGGAGAGCUGUGCAGGUCCCGCAGUCCAACAGGGGGUUGGAAGGUCACCAGACGGGGCCGAGUCCGGCUUAUCAGCCCAGCAAGCAGGGGACAGCGACCACCAGGCCAGAAGAAGAGCUGGAUCGACUUACCAAGAAGUUGGUAUACGAUAUGAACCACCCCCCCGUCGAGGACUAUUUUGGCCGCUGUGCCCGGUGCGGCGACAACGUGGUCGGCGACGGCAGCGGCUGCAUCGCCAUGGAGCAGGUGUUCCACGUGGAAUGUUUCACUUGCAUCACCUGCCACGCGCGUCUCCGGGGGCAACCCUUCUACGCCCUCGACAAGAAGAGUUACUGCGAGAGCUGUUACAUUGGUACGUUAGAGCGCUGUUCAAAGUGCUCCAAACCCAUCCUGGACCGUAUCCUGCGGGCCAUGGGGAAGGCCUACCACCCCCGCUGCUUCACCUGCGUGGUUUGCAACUGCUGCCUGGACGGCGUGCCCUUCACCGUGGACGCCACGUCUCAGAUACACUGCAUAGACGACUUUCACAGGAAGUACGCUCCUCGCUGCUCGGUGUGCGGCGAGCCCAUCAUGCCCGAACAGGGCCAGGAGGAGACGGUGCGGAUCGUGGCCCUGGACCGCAGCUUUCACGUUAACUGUUACAUCUGUGAGGAAUGCGGCCUCCUGCUGUCCUCGGAGGGCGAGGGCCGAGGCUGCUACCCGCUGGACGGCCACAUCUUGUGCAAGAACUGCAGCGCCUGCCGCAUCCAGGACCUCUCGGCCAAGAUCUCCACCGACUGCUAACACUCUGCUCGCGAUCCGAGGCGGGAUGUGCCCCCGCUUUGACCCGUCAAGUGCUUCUUUUUUCAUUUUAUUCUUUUAAUUUUUUUGCUGCCCUGACGACAUAAACGCAGCUACAGCGCCCUCUGUUGGUGUCCAGCUGUAAUUCUGUUUGCAGGGGAAUGAUUCCUGUGUCUCCAGCGAGCACCUUUUCAUUCAGACGUCCUUCUACAUUUGCAUUUUUUUUCUUGUUUUUUUCGGUACACAGCUUGGCCCGUUUUUCUGGUGUAGUUCAGUAUUCGUAUGACGCGUCGCCUGACCUGCAGGCAGCUUGGGCUCCACUUAACAUUUAUGGUACUGCUCAACUUUUAGCUUGCACAUUAUUAUCACUGUCAGAGAAAAUAAAGGUAUGGAAGGACAUUACAGAUUUAGUUCCAAUUAUUUUCUUUUAUUUUCUUCUUCUUUCAGAGAAGCAGCUUAAAGGAUGAUAACGCUCGACUGAACUGUCUUAACUUUGGAACCUGGACAUUUGUGAAACCUCAGUCUCCAAACUGCCUCAAAACGAGCAUAUUAAAAGCACAUAAUCCAACAACUGUGACUGUACAUAACCGGCUGGUUUGAUUGACAAUGAAACUGCCCCCGACCGUUUUGGAAAAGAUGCAACCUUUAAUGCGGUGAAUCUUUGCAGAGACGUAGCCUCAUAGCAGGAAACAUGUAGAAGACAAAGAAUGUGUUGUUAACCCUACAAACUAGGUUUUUUGUUUUUGUUUUUUCCUCUUAGCUUUUAUUCAAUUCUGUUACAAUAUUUGCUAGAAAAAAAAUCUCUUCCUGUCACCCACGGUAACAAUUUUUUAAUGUUUCUGAAACACGUUGUUUUGUUCAACCCUUGUUUAAUACUUAAUCCUGUUACAUUGAAGACGAUGGUGCAAUGAAGUCAAAUGAAAUGUUUUGUUUAUUUUUGAUGUUGAUGUUUGAGCCUUGUGUGUAGACUGUGUACAUGCGUCGCUCUGCCGGAACGUGGUGCUAAAGUUCUAUUCAAGUCUUAUUUUGGUAAAUGGAUUCACUUUACAAAUGUCAAGAAAUAAUUGUGGAUAUAGACGAGAUGUAUCUUUGCCACAAACACAACUCUUCACAUGCGCGUUGAAUUUGUUUUGUUCGCACUCGUGCGGGCCGAGUCGUCCUGUGACAAUUUGGAAUAUUUGUUACGGUGGAUGUUUUGUCUUUCCGUCCUAAUUUUGUAUUUGCAAAGGGCUGGAACUUUAAAAUCCUUGAAUUCAGCUUGAUGCUUUAAACAGGUUUAUUUAUUUACUGCUUUAACCUGCGUUUAUCAUCACAUUUCGUUCAUGCAGCAGUGUCACAGUUUUUUUUUUUUUUUUUAAUUAUCCCGGUCAAUGCCAAAUGUAACUCGUCAAAUCACACGUUUUCUUUCCCCUGGAUCACGCGUCACCUUUGCUGUGUGUUCAGUUUGAAAUGCAGUGGAUUGGAUCUUGAGAGCAAAGCCUGUAGCUGACUCGUAUCCACCGGUGACUGCUUUUUUUUUUUUUUUUUUUUUACCGAUAAACAGCUUGAAGUACAAAUUGCAGUUACAUUAGUGAGAGAACGCCUUGAACACGCAGGUGAAUGUCGGUUUUCCUAAUACAGGUUGUAGUAUAAAUAAUUAUUAAAAUGUCAAUACAC